AUGGUGUCAGGAGAGUGUUUUGAGGCGCCUCAGUGCCCUUCUUAUUGCUGCUAUUCUCCUUCUUCACGCCAGGACUUUGUUCGUUCUCUGUCUGCCCGGAGACGCUACUGGGCUCGCAGCUUCAUUGGCUGGCGGAGAUUUUCAGCUGCCCGACCAGGAACCGCACACAGAGCAUUGGCGCGGCUGCAUGCAAGGGGGAGGCUGGAGGGCGGCAUUAUCACUCAGAACGUUGACAGACUACACCACAUCGCGGGAAGCCCAGCCCUUGAACUCCACGGCACUACCCAUGAGGUGGUCUGCAUGGAAUGUGGCGACAUCUCAUGUCGAAGAAUCUUCCAGGAAAGGAUCAAAGGAGCCAACCCAGAGUGGGCAGCAGCGGUGGAGCACUUGGAGGAGGGCAAACCAGCAGGGUCAGACGAGUCAUUCGGCAUGAGGAGGCGGCAGCAGAGGAUUGUAGAGUCUGGGAGUGCUGAUUCUGGAAUGUCUGAACGAGAGUUGAUGGGCAUGAGGAGGCGGCCCGAUGGGGAUAUAGAGAUCAGCGAGGAGGAGUGGGAGAGACAUGGCGAGUUUGUUGUGCCGAGCUGUGGUGCAUGUGGCGGCGUGCUGAAGCCCAAUGUGAGUAGGCCGUUUACUGUGUCUUGA